UGUCCAGAAUUGUAUCCAUCAUAUUCUUGAGGUUCAUGACACAUCCUCACAAUUGGCUCAUAUACUGACUCAAAUAUUGUUGACUCAUAAAAAUUCAGGUUUUGUCUUCUCCUGAGAAACUGAAGGAUCCGACAACACUGGUUCUAUUUCCCUGCAGGGCAACCAUUAGCAGCUGCUCAGAGUGCUGUCCCUCUUUAUACCGAUCUCUGUUGUCUCCUGACCAAGAGGCUUCAUGUCAGUUGAUGUACAUCAUUGGACAUGAACUGUUACUUUUCUAAUAAAAUGGAGAGAGCUGUUUUAUUGCAUCUAUACCAUCCAUUUACAUUACCUGCCUGGCAAGUGUCAUUUGAGUUUGAGAACUCUGCUCUGCUGGGCAACCCUUUUGACACCCCUAAUAAUAGUUACCAUUCACUGAGCCCUUAUUAUACGCAAGCACAAAACUAACAAUUUUUGACCCAUUAUCUCUUUGAUCUCUAUAAAGCUCUAUGAGGUAAGUCUGAGCUGUCAUCUCCAUUUGACAAGCGUGGAAACUGAAGCUCACAGAGGCAGGUAAUUUGUGCAAGAUUACAAAACUUCUAAGUGGUGAUACUGAGACUCAAACUUUGAAUUCAAACCUUGGAUUCAAAGCCUAAAUCCAAAGCUAGGGUUUAAACAUUUUUUUUUUAAAUUAUGCUGCUUCCCAGCCAAUCAUCUUUUAAUAAUAGAACUGCUGCUACCAUAUGGGGUUUCUCCCCCAUGUCUGGUCCAUGUGGUACUGAAUAUCAGGAAGACCCUCUUCCUGGUAUUCAGUGCCAACCCAGAGCUGUUGCUUUGUUGGAGAGGGAGGACAGGUGGUUCUGAGGUCACUAUGACUCUCAUAAAUUACUGAUGCUGGCACUGGGAUGUGUGUGUGUGUGUGUGUGUGUGUGUGUGUGUGUGUGUGUGUGUAUGUAGCUGGGCUGUCUCAGUGCUAUCCACAGGGAAGCUCCUAUAAAGGGCUCCAUCUCUGGCCUCACAACUAUCAGAUCAUUGAGAUGUGGAAGCUGUUGCUGUGGGUUGGUGAGUAUGGCAGGUCCCAGCAGUGUCACUCAGUCCAGGAGGUGCCAGGCUUUAGGAGUUUGUCAUCUCUUUCGUUCCUGAGAGAGCAGCCUGAGACUCAGGGGACCUGGAUUAGAUAGAGAUGGGAUGGGCUAUAGUGAACGGUCAGAGGGCAGAGGGCCGCAGGGAGAAAUGGUCAGAGCAGUGGUUCUCAAACCUGGUGGCACAUUAGAAAUUUUAAAUGCUCGAGUUCCACCUUGGACCAGUUCCAUCAGAAUCUCUGCAUGACCAGCCAGGAUAUCAGUACUUCUUAAUUUGCAGUCAGGGUUGAGAACCACUAGCCUCAAGCUUUUUCUGGGACUUCUAACACUCAUCGUUGUCCCUGAGCAAAGCAUGAGCAUAUACAUGUGUUUAUCAGAAGAAAAGGAACUUCUAUCUAGCUCCACUGGUCCAACUUCAGAGACUAGGAAAUGAAUGAAUGGUGUGUGUGUCCCCAUUUGUACAUCUGCAUCUGCGUAAGGUGCUGUGUUGGCGGGCGCCCUUGCUAACCAGAGGGUGUGCUGUGGCAUGCCACUCUGGGGAGGGUGUGAAUCUCUGUGUGACUCCUCCCUUUGUUUCCCACAGGGCUGGUUCUUGUGCUGAAACACCACGAUGGUGCUGCCCAUAAACUGGUGUGUUAUUUCACCAACUGGGCACACAGUCGGCCAGGCCCCGCCUCGAUCUUGCCCCAUGACCUGGACCCCUUUCUCUGCACCCACCUGAUAUUUGCCUUUGCCUCAAUGAACAACAAUCAGAUUGUUGCUAAGGAUCUCCAGGAUGAGAAAAUUCUCUACCCAGAGUUCAACAAACUAAAGGAGAGGAACAGAGAGCUGAAAACACUGCUGUCCAUUGGUGGGUGGAACUUUGGCACCUCAAGGUUCACCACUAUGUUGUCCACAUUUGCCAACCGUGAAAAGUUUAUUGCUUCAGUUAUAUCCCUUCUGAGGACACAUGACUUUGAUGGUCUUGAUCUUUUCUUCUUAUAUCCUGGACUAAGAGGCAGCCCCAUGCAUGACCGGUGGACUUUUCUCUUCUUAAUUGAAGAGCUCCUGUUUGCCUUCCGGAAGGAGGCACUGCUUACCAUGCGCCCAAGGCUGCUGCUGUCUGCUGCUGUUUCUGGGGUCCCACACAUCGUCCAAACAUCCUAUGAUGUGCGCUUUCUAGGAAGACUCCUGGAUUUCAUCAAUGUCUUGUCUUAUGACUUACAUGGAAGUUGGGAAAGGUUCACAGGACAUAAUAGCCCCCUAUUCUCUCUGCCUGAAGACCCCAAAUCUUCGGCAUAUGCUAUGAAUUAUUGGAGAAAGCUUGGGGCACCCUCAGAGAAGCUCAUCAUGGGGAUCCCCACCUAUGGACGCACCUUUCGCCUCCUCAAAGCCUCUAAGAAUGGGUUGCAAGCCAGAGCGAUUGGACCAGCAUCUCCAGGGAAGUACACCAAGCAAGCAGGCUUCUUGGCUUAUUUUGAGAUUUGUUCCUUUGUCUGGGGAGCGAAGAAGCACUGGAUUGAUUAUCAGUAUGUCCCAUAUGCCAACAAGGGGAAAGAGUGGGUUGGCUAUGAUGAUGCCAUCAGCUUCAGUUACAAGGCAUGGUUUAUAAGGCGAGAGCAUUUUGGGGGGGCCAUGGUGUGGACAUUGGACAUGGAUGACGUCAGGGGCACUUUCUGUGGUACUGGCCCUUUCCCCCUUGUCUACGUAUUGAAUGAUAUCCUGGUGCGGGCUGAGUUCAGUUCAACUUCUUUACCACAAUUUUGGCUGUCAUCUGCUGUGAAUUCUUCAAGCACUGACCCUGAAAGGCUGGCUGUGACCAAGACAUGGACCACUGAUAUUAAGAUUUUGCCCCCAGGAGGAGAGGCUGGGGUCACUGAGAUCCAAGGAAAAUGUGAAAAAUGUGAAAAUAUGACUAUAACCCCUAGAGUUACAAUUGUGACCCCUACAAAGGAAACUGUAUCCCUUGAAAAGCACACUGUAGCUCUAGGAGGGAAGACUGAGAUCACUGGGGCAACGACCAUGACUUCUGUGGGUCAUCAGUCCGUGACCCCUGGAGAGAAGGCCCUGACCCCUGUGGGUCACCAGUCUGAGCUCCCUGGGAAGAAGACCCUGACCCCUGUGGGUCAUCAAUCUGUGACCACUGGACAGAAGACCCUGAUCUCUGUGGGUUAUCACUCUAUUACCCCGGGGGAAAAGACCCUGACCCCUGUGGGUCAUCCAUCUGUGACCCCUGUGAGUCAUCAGUCUGUGAGCCCUGGAGGAAUAACUAUGACCCCUGUCCAUUUUCAGACCGAGACCCUUAGACAGAAUACAAUGGCCACUAGAAGGAAGGCUGUAGCCCUUGAAAAGGUGACUGUCCCCUCCAGAAAGAUAUCAGUCACCCCUGAAGGGCAGACUGUGCCUUUAAGAGGGGAGUAUUUGACUUCUGAGGUGGGUACUCACCCCAGGAUGGGUAACUUGGGUCUUUAGAGGGAAGCUGAAAACAGGAUGAUGCUGUCCUCCAGCCCUGUCAUCCAGCUCCCAGAACAUACUCCUCAAGCUUUUGACAACCACUUUGUUCCUGUCUAUGGAAACCAUUCCUCUGUCAACUCAGUAACCCCUCAAACAAGUCCUCUUUCUCUAAAAAAAGAAAUCCCAGAAAACUCUGCUGUCGGUCAAGGAGCCUAAGCCCUGCUGGUGUCAGAAACCAGGGAAAACCCUUGUCUUUUCUUCUAAGUGACAUGCUUCCUCAUCCUGGAGCAAAGCAGCCAUCAAAACCACAAUAGGCCAAUCUCUUUUCCAUUAAAUAAACUGUAAGCACAAGAACCCACCGAGUUCUCUGAGAUUCUUUUCUUGAAUUGAACUCUGCAACUCAGUUGUCAGCUUCUCCCUUUCAAGGUCAUU